CCGGUAGACUUUUGAAACAUGGUUUUCAAAAUUUAUCAUUUUUAGGAACAAAAUCCGGGAUAAAUAAGAUGCUAUAGUAAACUUCAAACACAUAAUUAGUCGCUGCAUAUACCAGACAUUAGCUGUGCCGAAUUCCAAAGCGAUCAUUGGUGGUAUAGUUAAAAAUGGAGGAAGUUCAGAAACAUUCCGUGCAUACAUUGGUGUUCAGAUCGCUGAAGCGUACCCAUGACAUGUUCCUGGCCGAUCAAGGCACAGCACCACCAGUAGAUGAAAGGGCGCUUGCUACCAAAUUGGCGGUAAAGAUAAGAGACGAAUAUGGUCUGGUAAAAGAUCUCACAGAACAAGAGGAGAGAAGAAAGGCCAGCAGGGGGCCAAGUCAAGAAGCAUGGCGAGCCCAGCAAAAGAAGAGAGAAGAAGGGAAGGAAGGAGAGACUGCAGACUAUGAUAGAUCAGUCAUAUCCAGAUUGGAGGGAGAACCUGAAAUUCUACAAGAGAACAACCCAUCAUCAAGGGCUUUAGUAGCUGUAAACCCUGGAAAGGACAUGUCAUUGGUUCCCAAGAAGGCCCCAACAAUGCCAAAACCCACAUGGCACGCCCCUUGGAAGCUAUACAGGGUGCUAAGUGGACAUUUAGGAUGGGUAAGGUGUAUUGCUGUUGAACCUGGUAAUGAAUGGUUUGCUACAGGAUCUGGAGACAGGGUUAUCAAGAUCUGGGAUCUUGCAACUGGAACCUUAAAGCUGUCUUUGACAGGACAUAUUAGUGCUGUACGUGGUCUCGCUGUAUCUGCACGACAACCUUAUCUCUUUAGCUGUGGGGAAGAUAAGCAGGUCAAAUGUUGGGACCUUGAAUACAACAAAGUGAUCAGGCAUUACCAUGGUCACCUGAGUGCUUGUCAUGAUCUGGCAUUGCAUCCAACCAUUGACGUCCUUGUCUCAUGUGGGCGUGACGCCACAGCAAGGGUAUGGGACAUGAGAACGAAGGCAUGCAUUCAUACAUUGACGGGACACACUAACACAGUAGCAUCUGUGAAAUGCCAGGCAGCAGAGCCUCAGAUCAUUACUGGGAGCCAUGAUUGCACAAUACGUCUCUGGGAUCUAGCAGCAGGGAAGUCUAAGGUGACACUGACCAAUCACAAAAAGAGCGUCAGAUCUGUCGUUCUUCAUCCCACUCAGUACUCAUUCGCAUCUGGUGCCCCGGACAACAUCAAACAGUGGAAAUUCCCAGAUGGUAAUUUCCUACAGAACUUCAGUGGCCAUAAUGCUAUUGUUAACUCACUGGCCAUGAAUGCUGACAAUGUGCUCGUCUCAGGAGGUGACAACGGGACAAUGUACUUCUGGGACUGGAAAUCUGGGUAUAACUUCCAACGUCUCCAAGCCCCCGUCCAGCCAGGUUCUAUCGAUUCAGAGGCAGGAAUAUUCGCCAUGACGUUUGAUCAGAGUGGAUCGAGACUGAUCACCGCUGAGGCAGACAAGACCAUCAAAAUAUACAAAGAAGAUGAUACAGCAUCGGAAGAGAGUCACCCAAUCAACUGGAAGCCUAAUAUCAUGAGAAAACCCCGCUACUAACAAAAACCAUGCAGCCGACAAACCAAAUCAUGAAGGAAUCUUUCUUUGACACUGGACCUAUUAAUCUGAUGAUAAAAUUGGACUGUGUAAAAGUCGCAUCCUCCAUUUGAAGAGCUACAUAAGCUUGGAUGAUUGACAAUGAAACUACAUGAAUAAAGCAAAGGACAAUGCUCAUCUGUGUUCUCUUGCAGUUUAGGUCUUGCAAUCACUAGGGGAAAGCAUUUUAUUUGUACUGAAUGGAGCGUUUUCAGCACAUUUUUGUCCUGAAAAAUAUACUGACUUUUUUUAGUAAAAAAUAUGCUGAUAAGUCUAUUUUUCAGUACAUUUUCAUACUCAAAAAAAAAAAUUUUAAGUAUAAAAAUGAACUGAAAAUGCUCUUUUCAAGACGAAUGCUCUCCUCAAUUGUAAAAAAAAUCUGAAACAUAUUUACCACCAAUCUUUGAACAGCCCUUACUUCAUAACUAGAACACAAACAAGAAGUUAAAAUCAAAUAAGUCAUCUGUAUUCAUUAUUAUAUCAUGUAACAUGAGAAUCACAAAUUGUGUGGCAUUUUCCUACAUAGUAUAUUAUAUGAUAUACAAUGGGCAAUGUCAUUAAAUGAACGGUCUCAACUUCACAUGAUUAUAAAAAACAAUUUUGUAUUGUACUCGAUUGUAAUAAACUACAAUCAUGUAUACAUGUAUGAUGUAUUUUCUCAAAAUAAAAUUUGUCAUAGAAAAGUAGAAAAUAAUUUGCAUUGUCCCAUAAUGAAAGGCCGAUUUAUAUGAACGUGAUCACUUCACCACAAUUUUCACAAUUUGUAAUUAGGCCAUAAGAAGUAGAUUUUUUGUUUUGCUUCCCCUUGCUUGCACGAU